AUGGAGGGAAAAUGGGGAGAGGCAAAGCAGAAACACAAGAAGGGUUUGUGGUCCCCAGAUGAAGAUCACAAGCUCAGAAACUACAUUCUCAAUUAUGGCCAUGGCUGCUGGAGCUCUGUUCCUAAUAAUGCCGGUUUAAAAAGGAACGGAAAGAGUUGCAGAUUACGAUGGAUUAAUUAUCUCCGACCGGGAUUAAAACGAGGCGCGUUUAGCUUAGAAGAGGAGGACACUAUCCUAACCCUUCAUCAAAUAUUAGGCAACAAGUGGUCUCAUAUAGCACAUCAUUUACCCGGAAGGACCGAUAACGAGAUAAAGAACCACUGGCACUCUUACCUAAAGAAAAAAGUCCCGAAAACGCCCCUCGUCGACACUCAAUAUGGAGGUUAUAAAACUGAAUGCAUGAGUGGAAAAAUAAUGCAGCAAGAAUUAUUACAACUAUCGCCUUCUUCUCACAAGUCGAGGAAUAUUCCCCAAAAUUCGAGCUUCGAAUCUUUGGAAAACAUUGAAACAGACACAGAUCAGUCUAUGCAAAACGACCAAAAAGACCAUUCAAAUAUAGGAGCAGGACAAAGAUGCAAUUUACCAAAAGUUAUGUUCGCCGAGUGGAUGUUUUCGGACAAAUUUCUUCCGGAAAGUUCCGGAUCAAGUAAUACUACUACAGCAGCUGAUUUCAAGUAUCCGAUAAUUGGUUCGAAUAAUUCCGAAGAUUCUUCUUUGGUUGACAGUCUACUGCUCGAUGAAGGCGUAUUUGAAAAUCAACUGCAUACAAAAUCGAACAAUAUAAUUUCCAUGGAAGAUAUGCUUCAAUCGUCGUUGGGGUUCGAUUUUCCAGGAGAAUUCAAUUUAAGUUGUGAUGACAUGUAUAUAUGAAGAAUGUA